AUGAUCCGAAAACAAUUUAAGCUUUUAUUUGUUUUUGAUGCCACCACAACAAGCAAUCAGGAGCCGCCAACUUGUCUUCCAAAUGGUAGCAAAUCAAAUUGGCCAACAAAGAACUGAGAAACUGAGAAUGGGCCAGAAACGCGGGAGAGCAGAGCUGAACAGAGCAGAGCAGGCCAGAGGCAAUGCAAUGAGCAUACAUCAUGGACAACUGUUGCAUUUGGACGCUGGGACACAACUGGGAGUACAAUUGAUGGAUCACCCAAAACCAUCUGA